ACUGACGUUCUGUCACAUGACCUGACAAAGCACUCGCGACUUCCUGAGUGUAGUGCUAGCCUGCUCCUACGCUGUCAUCCAAGAUGCUGGCUCUAAUAAACAGGCUUUUAGACUGGUUCCGCGCUCUUUUUUGGAAAGAAGAGAUGGAACUGACGUUAGUGGGGCUUCAGUCUUCAGGGAAAACUACGUUUGUCAACGUUAUAGCAUCAGGCCAGUUCAGUGAAGAUAUGAUUCCUACAGUUGGUUUUAACAUGAGGAAGGUUACCAAAGGCAACGUGACAAUAAAGAUAUGGGACAUAGGGGGACAGCCACGAUUCAGAAGUAUGUGGGAGCGCUACUGCCGUGGAGUCAAUGCUAUAGUUUACAUGGUAGAUGCUGCAGACCGUGAGAAGAUUGAAGCUUCCAGAAAUGAACUGCACAAUCUUUUAGAUAAGCCACAAUUACAAGGAAUUCCCAUCUUAGUACUUGGCAACAAACGCGACUUGCCAAAUGCUCUUGAUGAGAAGCAGCUGAUUGAAAAAAUGAAUUUGUCUGCCAUUCAAGAUCGAGAGAUCUGCUGCUACUCUGUCUCCUGCAAGGAGAAAGACAACAUAGACAUCACUCUGCAGUGGCUUAUCCAGCAUUCUAAGUCCCGGCGGAGCUGAAAAGUGAAACCACUAGUUGCUGUCCACUGUCUCCAAUCGUUGGUCCUCGACAGACACCCUGCCACUGCCUUUGUGAAGUAAUUCAUGUGUCUCUGUCAUUACAUGCCCCCUACACCGCCUACAGCACUAGCAAAGCUCACACAGCUCCUCAUGUCUUAAGCAGGGGUUCCCAAAGUGGAGGUCAGGACGCCAUAAUAGGUCAUGAAGCAUAAACUGGGGGUCCCAAGACAUAAAAAUAAUAAUAAGAUAUAAUUUAACAUUUAUGGACCUGUAUUUACUGUAUAGUUUAACAUGGUAUCUGUUCAUAAAAUAGAGGUCAAUAACACAAGAAUCAGUUUAAAUAAAAAGCAUUCAACCCAAUUAAACAUGUUUUGCGACCUCAAAAUUAUAACCUAUCAAUAUUUCACAGUGGGAGGGCCAAGCUGGUUGCAUGGUGGGGAGUCAUGGCUUGAAAGUUUGGGAACCUCUGCUCUAAAGUUUCUGAAGCUAGUAGAGUGUGAUUGUCUACACCUCUCAUGCCUUAUCACACAUUACACACACUUGUUUUCCGUGUGUAUUACCAGUUUGGUGUUGUUUAGGGAUGUACCAAUCCAAUAAUGUAUGUAUCGCCAAUGCUUGGUUCUCAGAGUCAUGCACAUAGCAGUUGCAUAGUUCCCGCCCCAUACUUAAAGAUUUGAAACAAAAAGUUGCUGGGACAACUAGGAGUGAACUUAUACAAAACAGUUAUUCCUUUGCUUCUUCAUAUUGUCGCAAACAUUAGGUGACAUUUGGUGAAUCUGUCCCUAACAUGAGUUUUGUUUUUGUGUUGGUAUGUGUAUAUUUUUAAGUGACUAUUGUGACUAUUUAAUGUUUACAUAUCUCUAGUGGUUGUAUUUAAAAGGGGAGUUUUAAGUGCCUUUGGCUAAACAGGUAAACUGAACAGUUGACAGUUUAUGCUCAGCAAAACUAAACUCUACAGACAGGAAGAAUCCCUUGAUAACUUUUAAUAAUCACCACUAGACAAUCCUGUUUUAAGUCAUCAUAACGCAUGAGGAUUAAAGCACUGUACAUCUAUGAUUUACAGAAAGUUACACCUUGGCAGUGAAUUAGUUUGGUCUGAUAAUUAGUGAUAUUUUAACCUUCACUUCUUAUUCACAAAGACUGAUAAUUAUAACAGGUUUUGUGUUUUAGAGAUUGUUAGUGAAAUUGUCUUUAAGCCUUUUUUCCUAACAAAGCAUGGGUGUGCCAUGGGUUUGUUUCUUUCUAUAAUCCCAUGAUUAGAAAAUGGAGAUAUACAGUACUGUUAGUCAGAAGACAGAGAUUUCAAAAGGCUACAUUUGUCCCAGUCACACCUUGGUUCACUUCUGGUCUGACACAAUAAAUCACAUGUGUGUAGUGUCAAUACAUAAUAAUAGUACACUGCACUUCAACAGCUCAGACAAUUGUAAAAUUAAAUGGAAAAUUAUGAGAAGUGACAUAAAAUAGCUUCUAUUAUAAAACAGGAUGAUGAUAGCUGAAAUAGAUAGUAUUUCAUGAUACUGUAAUCUGGAAUUAAUUUAUAUAUCAUCAGAACGGGUCUGGCAUUAAUUCAAAAGAAAAUAAUCUUAAAUAAUAAUUGUCCUUAUGAUUUUUAUAUAUAUAUAUAUAUAUAUAUAUAUAUAUAUAUAUAUAUAUAUAUAUAUAUAUAUAUAUAUAUAUAUAUAUAUAUAUAUAUAUAUAUAUAUAAUUAGUUUGACAUGAAAACAUUUUUGUAAUGUUUAAACACCACACCAUAGAGCUGUUAUCUUAUAAUAUCUCUGUAACUGUACUUAAUAUAUCAGAAGAAUAUGUUAUGAAUGCUGCAUUUGCUUUAUCUGUAAUUUUCCCUUGACAGUGGUAAUGAUCAACAUGUUAAAUUUGAUUUAGGCUUAAUUAGUUCAGAACACUGUGCAAAAACCCUACAUUACUGAUCGAUACAAGCCAACAAACCUCUCCCACACUAGACUGCACAGCUUUAUAUCAUUACCAAAGUUCAAAUGUAAUGCUCGCUGGCCUGAAUAUUUUAACCCCAGCAGACAACUGUGUAAUCUGUGUAAUCCUUUUCCUAUUGUUAUUUAUUAUCAAUCAUGUUAAUCCAUCCAUUGCUGGUCUGAAUCUGUCAUCACCGUGUUGCCAUGUGGUUGUGUCUGCUGGUGAUUGGUGUAACCUUAAAUAUCCACUGUUGGGACCACAAUAGCAGUGAGGGGCUGUUAAACUGGCUAACUCAGUGGUUAAAUGAGGAAAGCUUUGUUAUCUGUGUAUUAAUAAUAUUACAAUAAUUAUGAUAACCUAUUUGCAAUUUGUAUGUGCAUGUGCUAAAUCUGUACACAUCCAGUUGCAGACUUUGUAAAUAAAAUGUUAGCUUUUUUAAUUUCUGAGAAAUGCUCUUGAUGUCAUGUUGGCCAUUCUUUUUCUGUGAUUGGUAAUAAAAAAAUGUUUAUUUUUAUCAAUUUUAA